AUGCCUGUGGGAGUGACUUGGGGGCAGUACAUGGCGUUCACGGCCGCGGCUGCGUUCUCCAUGCUCGCAGGCUCGCAGUUAGUUCACCAAUACUACAAGCCCUUGAAAGAUCUAAAUGAAUACAUAUAUAAGGAGCUGAAGAACUUGCCACCCAAUGUACAGGAAAAGAUCAGACAGGAAUUGCAAGAUGAAGGUGUUCUUAAAUAAUUUAUUACAAGUUGGACAAUUGAGUGAGCAUUUAAUUUGUGUAAUAUAUUCAUAGUUACAAAUC